ACUUUGUUUUCAACACAUAACUGAGAAAAUCCCAGGAAGCUGACCCAUCCAAGUCAAUCAUCUCUGAAGAGUGUAGACACACUGAGUACUAGAGUCAACCUUUCCUCUACGUGAGCCAAAAAAGAGAAAAACAACCUGCCAAACACCAGUAAAGAGAUGACUACCAUCGUAUGGGAAUUUGAAGAGCUUCUAUAUGGCACAUUCAUGAUCCAAAUGGGAGAGGAUCAGUCAUCAUGAUGUCUCAGAAGGCCUUUUGACUGAGUAACAAGAAGGGGAAAUUAUAACAGCUUGUCAUCUGUGCUUGCACAUUAGACUUCCAUGUAGUUAAUGUAGAUAAAUUCAAAGCAAACAUGCAGAUAGUUCUUUGAAAAGCCCCCAAAUCAUGUCUAGAAGCUCUGACCAAUGCAAUAAAAAGGAGGUUAUUCUAUAUUCAGUUUCUCCAGCCCAUCGAUGAUCAAUCUUUCAGAAAGAGCAGCAGUAGAUUGCAAAUUUAGAUUUUUAACCACCAUUUAGCAAAGGCAGCUUCUCUAGAAACAAGCAUGACUGCUAAUGACACAUGUUAUGAGAUCAAUAGAGACAAUACAGAUUUCCGAUACUUCAUCUAUGCUGUGACAUACACUGUCAUUCUUGUGCCAGGUCUCAUAGGGAACAUAUUAGCCUUGUGGGUAUUUUAUGGUUAUAUGAAAGAAACCAAACGGGCUGUGAUAUUCAUGAUAAACCUGGCCAUUGCUGACUUACUACAAGUCCUCUCCUUGCCCCUGAGGAUCUUUUACUAUUUGAAUCAUGACUGGCCAUUCGGGUCUGGCCUCUGCAUGUUUUGUUUCUAUCUGAAGUAUGUCAACAUGUAUGCAAGCAUCUACUUCUUGGUCUGCAUCAGUGUGCGAAGAUUUUGGUUUCUCCUGUACCCCUUUCGCUUCCAUGACUGCAAACAGAAGUAUGACCUAUACAUCAGCAUUUCUGGCUGGUUGAUAAUCUGCCUUGCCUGUCUGCUAUUUCCUCUCCUCAGAAGAAAUGAUGACACCCCUAGCCACAGAACCAAAUGCUUUGUGGAUCUUCCUACCAGGAAUGUCAAUCUAGCUCAGUCUGUUGUCAUGAUGACCAUUGGCGAGUUGAUUGGGUUUAUCACUCCUCUUCUGAUCGUCCUGUUUUGCACCUGGAAAACAGUUUUAUCAUUGCAAGAUAAAUAUCCUGUUGCACAAGACCUUGGAGAGAAAAAGAAAGCCUUGAAGAUGAUUCUAACCUGUGCAGGAGUUUUCCUAAUUUGCUUUGCACCUUAUCACUUCAGUUUUCCUUUAGAUUUCCUGGUCAAGUCCAAUGAAAUUAAAAGCUGCCUAGCCAGAAGGGUGAUUCUAAUAUUUCAUUCUGUUGCCUUGUGUCUUGCUAGUCUGAAUUCCUGCCUUGACCCAAUCAUAUACUACUUUACCACUGAUGAGUUCAGAAGACGGCUUUCAAGGCAAGAUUUGCAUGAUAAUGUAAAACUCCAUGCAAAAUCACUUGUGAGCAACCAUACCACAUCUAUCUUGUCAACUGAAUUAUGUUAAAUUAAAAAAAUGGAUGUGGACUGAAGUAUAUUAUUACAUAUUUGUAAUACUCCUAGCUACUGGGAAGUAAUCACAGCAAGCACUCAAAGCUUUUCAGUUAUGCUCUAUCUUAUCUAUAUGAAGAUUUCACGUUUUCAUAACACAAUCUAUUUAGAGCAUUAUAUUCCACUAUCAUCAAUGUUGAGAUGUCCUUGUAGUAAUUUAUCAUCAAGUCUUUAAGAUUUAAGCUCUAAAAUUUCAGUGACAUACUAUAUUCACAUGCUUUCAGCAGGAGUCAGUAGUUUUAUCUAUGAACCUAAGACACAGAGAGACAAUUAACUUGAACUCAUUUUAAGCACUUGGUUUUGUUACAAUGGAUACUGAAUUUCUUUGUAUUUAGAAACAAUAUAGUUGUCUAUUUAUACUAGUAAUCACAGUUUAUAUCCCAAUAUCAUGUUUUAGUUGUCUUUAAGUAGGAUAGGUAAUAUAUUAUUUUGUGAAACAGUGUUAUAAACACAGACCAUUUUGAUCUCCUAUAUGUGAUUAUACUCAUGAGUUUGAAGACUCAAAUAGCUAUUUCCUUCAUUUAAGUAUCAGUAUGAAAAAGCAUCUAUCACAUCUAUUAAUAGAAUGAAAAUCUGAACUCAGGCCUCUGAUAUGUUUAAAAUAAGAACAAGAAACUAAUUCACAUACUGUCUAUGACUGUAUAAAUUGCCAUAUUUAAUCUAUCCAGGACAGGUAGCUUGUCAAAGUUCAUAUAAUGUGACCCACAUUGUCUUUAAAGGUCCAGGAGAAAGCAGAUAUGUGAUAACCACAGUUCUGAUUCUCUUAAACUAUUUCCAGACAGCACCUUUGAAGAUGUAUAUAUCUUUCAAAGAAAGAAAGUGUCCACUAUGCUUCUAGAGUGACACUGAGGUACCUGAGAGGUUACUGCACUUUCUGAGCCUAUACAAGAAGCAGUGAACUAAAUUUAGACAAGAGCAAAAAGAUAAAAGUUAUUUUUUACUUUUAAGUGGCAACUAUCAGGCUGCAUUCACAAGCCAGAGUAAGGUCUAGAGGCAGCCAGGCAUGUAGACUCUAGAGUCCUCAGUAACAUUUUUGAUCCAGCUUUGCUCCAGUCAUACUAUUCUAAGGCCAAUACAGCAUCUUCCAAGGCAGCUGGGAGAGUCAACUUUUCCCCUGUUGAGAAAAGUGCAGAAGAUUAACACUGGCAACAUUGGGCACCUAUUGAAACCCUUUGCCUACUAAUACCUGUUUAGAUCUAGUAUGCAAGAAACAGACCCAGAAUAUGAGUAACAAUUAAACCUGAGGUCAUAAAUAUUAGAAUACAUUGAAAAAUAUUUUGGCAAACAGCUCUAACUUUUAAAACAUGCUUUAACUAAAAUCUGUGAGGUAUAAAACACACAGAUAAUUCUGGCCUGGAAGGAACGUGAAAAUCAAAGAAGAGCUCCAUCAUAUUUACAGGAAAGGAGUUAUUUUAGACACACAGUUCUGAUAUUAAUACUUUUGGGGGGAUUAGCAAAAUCAAAAUGAAUUUUAAUAUCUUAGAUGAAUGGAAAACUUUCUAAUGUUUUCUCUAGACUAGUGUUGAUUUCCUUGAAUUUUGUUAUUAAAAUAUUAUCCUGUUAGAAGACUGACUUUUUACGGAUAGCAAUAAUGUAUGUGUCUAUCUCCUAAUUGUUCAUGGUAAGGUACAUAUUUUGAUGUGUUAAAUGAGUUCUAAAAGAGUGGUAAAUUGUGCUUUAAAAUGAGUAACUGUAACUAUGUCUAGUCUAUUUGCUUUAAAGUGAUUUGUGUUUGACCAUAAUUUAGUAUUGUAAUGGGAUCAGAAGUAAUAAUUUUGUGUAUACUUGUAAUGAGAGACUUGUCUACAUAAUAUAUGUUUACUAGUUUCUAUAUUAUCAUAAACUACACUUUUAGGAUCAUUUGGGGGAGGCCUGUGAUUUAAUUUCAUUAAUGUAUUAAUUUCACUUUAAACAUACCUGUUAUCUUAAAGAGGAAAAAAAUAUUUCCAGGAGAUUACUGAACUUCUUAGAGGAAAUGUUGAGGUUAGAGCCCAUUUAUGAAGCAGUCCAGGAGUCCUUGAAAAUUAUUUAUGUCAUUUGAGAAAAGUACAGAGAGAACAAGUGUCCAGUAUUCUUAUGCUGCUUAGCUAAGAACCACCCUUUCUCUUCAGGUUUGCCCAUCUAAGUUUGUAUUUAAUGUUGUGAUUUACUUUAUUAACCCGUUUUCACCAUGAAUAUACUUUGUCUUCUAUUCCCUUGAUCUAGUCAGUAACUGAUCAGUCUAUUCACACUAAGGUAAUAAGGACUGAUGUUAGCUUAAUAUUAAUUUGCCUAGGAAUAUCUGAAUUCUAGGCCUUAGGGAUGAAUUUUAUCUCAAAGUGUAAGUAUUUUGUUUUAAUGGAGUGAUCAAAAACACUGAAACAGACUAGAAAGAAUGAUAUUUUGAAGAAAGUGGAUCUUAGAGCAGUGCCUUUCAGAUUACAUAUGGUAAGUAAACACCUACUUUACUUACCAUGAUGGGAUGCUAUAUAUAUAUAUAUAUAUAUAUAUAUAUAUAUAUAUAUAUAUAUAUAUACACACACACACAUACAUGCAUAUGUACAAAUACCUAUUUAUUAUACUACUACUUGGCCUAUACUAGGUUUAGGCCAGAUCAAAAAGAUACAAGUUAUGUUUUACUUUUAAGUGGCAACUAUCAGGCUACAUUCACAAGUCAGAGUAAGGUUUAGAGGCAGCCAGGCAUGUAGACUCUAGAGCCCUCAGUAAUUUUUUUGGUUCAGUUUUGCUCCAGGCAUACUAUUCUAAGGCCAGUACAGACUCCCCCAAGGCAGCUGGGACUGAUUGGAGUGAUUUCCAUGUCAUUAUUAUUCUCAUUAUUGUUAUUAUUAUUAUGUUCAAACGGUGUAUACAUUUUCAUUGUCACUUGGAUAAGCAACUAAUCCUAUUAAUCUGUAAUUCCAUGAAAAGGACCCAUCUGCCUUAUGGACAACAGAACAAACCAUGUUGGUCUGAAAGGGUUCAUAAGUGGAACUCUUGCGCAACUUCAUUUUUAUGUCAUCUUUUUGUUUUUAUUCCCAAUAUACUGUGAAAAUGUUGCUUUGUAACAUAUUUAUAUUUAUAAUUUAUAAUACACAUCU